GCCAGCCAAUCCGGAGGCGCUGGGACCGAAAUCGCCAGCCCGCAGCCCGCCGCCCGCUAAAACGUUGAGGGGCGGGGCUUCUGCAUCGGGGACUUUUAUUCUGUUGGCGUUUUUGCUAGCUCAUUCCGGGCUGUGGUAAUGCAACUUGCUCCCCCGGUUUCUGUUCACCAUUUUGCAACAUAACCCCGGCCUUCCGGCUCGGUCCCCCUGGUGCAGCACCUCCGAUUGACUCGCCACACUGCAAAAGCCUCGUUGCACAUCGAUCAUCACUCUUCGGCUCGCCUUGAACUCUUCUUUCUGUCUCGGUAUCUGACCUGUGUUCCUGACAGCGUGAGGAUCUUUGUGUCUCUCUUUUCUGUCUCUUUUUUGUCUCUUUUCUGACUGUCUUCUGACUCUUUUCUGACUCUUUUGCCUCUUUUUUGUCCAUUUCCUAUUGGGGCAACGACAUCAGUCCGGCCUAGACGGCGUCACCGCGGUCAUGGCGCUCUUUCCUCGCUUCCAACUGUUCGAAAUCGAGGAUAUGCCGUGGUGUCCAUCGUGGCUACGCGAAUAUGCGCACCGCGCACUGCACCAGAUGUGGAACACGGUCGGGCCCGGCAAGACCAGCUCGACUGCGGCCCAGGCGUGCGACAUUCUCGUAUCCAAGCUCCCUGCCGAGCCGAGCGCCUACACGUUUGUCGACGCGUGUGCCGGCGCAGGCGGGCCGACGCCCAUGCUGGAGCGCAGCCUCAACUCGCGCCUGAAGGCCCUGGGCGGCAAGAAGCAGCCCGUCCGCUUCCUCCUGGCCGACCUGUACCCGGACUGGGAGGCCUGGAAGAAGAUCACGGCCGCCUCGGAAAACAUCACGCACGUCAAGCACCCCGUCGAUGCCGCCACGGUUGAGCGCUACGUCACUGACGGCACCCUAGAGUGCCGCCUGUUCAACCUGUGCUUCCACCACUUUGACGACGCGCAAGCAGUCAAGAUUCUGCGGUCUUCUGUCAACCACUCCGACUCGUUCGUCAUCUUCGAGAUGACGCAGCGCAACCUGCCCGCGCUGCUCAACACGUCCAUCGUAAUCCUGUCCCCGCUCAUCUCGACGCUGCUGUGGUUCUGGUGGUCGCCGCUGCACGUGGUCUUCACGUACCUGAUCCCCAUCGUGCCGCUCUUCUUCGCCUGGGACGGCUACGUGUCGUGCAUCCGCACGCGCACAGGCGCUGAGAUCCGCGACAUCAUCGCCCAGGAGGAAGCGCGCGGCGGGCUCGACACGCGCGACUGGACGUUCCACUACGGCCAGACAAAGGUCCUCCCGCCGUUUGGAAACCUGUAUUGGUUCAUUGGGGUCAGGAAUCGCAAGGACGUGUAGCCAGGGCCGAGCAAGAGGGCUUGGGUUGGGAGUUGGACAGGUGACUGUAUUGGGCGUAGGUCAGAAAUCUGUUGUAUCUUGGUUGGGCUCCAAACGGCGCUGAAGUCCUCCGGUACAAAACCAAACUCGAGCCCUGUCUCGCAGGGUCUUCGGCAUUGUUGAUCAGAUGUGAAAUAUCAUUCCUCUUGUACAUUGGCACACUCGUCGGAGCGAUGGCAGAUGGCAGAAUGCGUCCCCGUAGUUUACACUAGCAUCACGAAUAAUGCGGUCGCUGGCCAGAGUCGGGUUCGGUGUGCACCACGUCGGGACUCGUUGAUUAAUUAUCGCAAACACCUAUGG